UGCGCAUGAAACGGCCAAACGUGAAGGAAGUAGGAGGCAGCAUCACGAAAUUUCCAUCGCUAAAACAUGAUAUACCGUUCCUUACUCUUCCAAGUGUAGCCUUCCUGUGUCUUCCUCUUCAAACCUUUUCUUCUUCUUUCUUCUUCUUCUUCAACAACAACAACAACAACAACACAAGAGUCAAGAGCAAUGGGCUUAGAAAUUUUGGAGCCUAACAGUUGCAUUAGGGGUUGCUGCAACAGCGCCUCUAUUCCUCUCCAUCUCCCUCCCUCCUCUUAUACUCUCCUCUCACCUAUUGCCCGAGGGGCUGAGAGUGUUGUUUAUGAAGGGACUUUGGAUGGCGUGAGGGUUGCUGUGAAGAAACCCGUCUUGUCAACUUCAGAAGACAUUCAUAAGUUUCAUAAAGAAUUGCAAUUACUUUGCAAACUAGAUCACCCUGGAAUAGCAACACUUAUUGCCGCCCAUGCAAAACCACCCAAUUACAUGUUUUUCUUCAAGUUGUAUGAGUCUCUGAAUCUCGCACAGAAGUUGCACGUGGAAGAAUGGACCCCGACUCUCAAUGAUGCACUUAUGAUAACCAUGCAGUUAGCAAAGGCUUUGCAAUAUCUGCAUAAUCUCGGGAUUGUGCAUAGAGAUUUGAAACCAGCAAAUAUUCUUCUUGACAAAAAUCUUUGUCCACAUGUCACAGAUUUUGGUUUGGCAGAACACAAGAAUGAUCUUAAGGGAGUAUCUAUAGAGAAUUGGAAGUCUUCUGGAAAGCCUACCGGUGGUUUUCACAAAAAGAACAUGGUUGGAACACUCAUUUACAUGGCACCUGAAAUAUUACGAAAAGAGUUACAUACAGAAAAGUCAGAUGUCUACAGCUUUGGUGUAUCAAUCAAUGAAAUCCUUACUGGUGUUGUGCCAUAUACUGAUCUUCGUGCAGAAGUUCAGGCUCACACAGUGCUUGAGAUGAACUAUACUGAACAGCAACUCACAGCAGCUAUUGUUUCUGAUGGAUUACGGCCAGUCCUUGCUACUGAGGAGUUUGGUAUACCAUCCAGAUUAUUGUCAGUGAUACAGAAAUGUUGGGAUGCAAAUCCUAAAAAUAGACCUUCCUUUGAUGACAUUGUCAAGGAACUAGAAUUUAUUAUGGAGCACAUGACGUUAAAAAAGGCAGAAGAUAUGUGUAUCAGAUCUUCUAAUUUGCAUGUUGUUGCUGAACCUGUGGACAUGACCGAUCACCUCCAGGCUUAUCAAGAGAGUUUUAGCUGGUCCACUCAAGGAGAACUUUUGGCCAGGAGUGCCUCUAGUGCAACUGAUACUGGUUUGAAAACUUGGCAUGAGUCUUAUGAUGAGCAAUUGGCAUACCGUCCAAUACUUUCUUGGGGAUCUUAUGCUACCUGUGGGAGAAGGGAGACUAUGGAGGAUACACAUUUCAUUCUGCCCCAUAUUUGCGAUGAAAAGGAUGUGUAUGCUUUUGGGAUAUUUGAUGGCCAUAGGGGUGCAGCAGCUGCUGAGUUUUCUUCUAGAGCUGUACCAGCUGUUUUACAGACUUCAGGUUUUAUGGGCAGUCCUGCUAAUGCACUAGUGGAAGCAUUCAUUAGGACAGAUGCUGCCUUCAGAAAAGAGCUUGAUUCCUAUCGCAAUGCCAACAGAUGUAUCCAGAAGAAUUGGCAUCCUGGAUGUACAGCAAUUGCUGCUCUUAUAGUAAGGAACAAGCUAUUUGUUGCUAACAUUGGUGAUUGCAGGGCAAUCUUAUGUCGUGCUGGUAAUCCAAUUGCUCUAAGUAAGGAUCAUGUUGCAAGCUGUCUUCAAGAGAGAGAGCGUGUUAUUCGUCAGGGUGGCCAUGUGCAUUGGCAAGUUGAUACUUGGAGAGUUGGUCUUCCUGCGCUUCAGGUUACUCGUUCCAUUGGUGAUGAUGAUCUAAAGCCUGCUGUAACUGCAGAACCUGAGAUAACUGAGAGUUCCUUAUGUGCAGAGGAUGAAUUUCUGGUCAUGGCCAGUGAUGGCCUCUGGGAUGUCAUAAGCAGUAUGGAGGUCAUAAAUACAAUAAAAGAUACGGUUAAAGAGCCUGGAAUGUGCUCUAAGAGAUUGGCUACUGAAGCAGUGGAACGUGGGAGCAAAGAUAACAUCACAGUUAUUGUUGUAUUUUUACGCCCGGUAUCUACAGCAGAGAGAAUUUAUUAGCAUACCUUCCUUUUGAAUGCCCUGAGAUAUGCCACAAAUGGUAUGUACUUAUAUUCCUUUAUUGAAUAAAUAAAAAUGGGUAUUAUGUUUUUCCGUCACCUUCCCCCUUGGAUGAUGAUUGGUUCUGUUGAUUGUAGAACUAUCUUUUAUUUGACCAUAAUUAUUUAUGUGUGUAGUUUUAAUUUGCACAAGACUUAAAAUCAUGUCCAAUCAUCUUGUGAUUCUGU